AUGGCGACGCCCACGCCGACUCUGGCUGAGAAGUUGGACAAGAUCAAGUCCCCCGGGCUUCAGAGCCAACAAAGGACAGUCGUCGUCCUCCAGGCCGUCGAAUCGACCCUGAAGGAGCAAAACACUGCGCCCACGCCGACCGGCUACUUCGCCGCCCUGCUCGCCCUCCUGCAGCAGGCCAACGCCAAUGGCACCGUCAACAUCGAGCUGGCGACCCCGGUUGUCUAUCUCCUCGACGUCGUCACGCCCUUCGCCCCGCAGCCGCUGCUGCGCUCCAAGUUCACACAGAUCCUGACCCUGCUCGCGCCCGUGCUGCUGAUGCAGGAUGCCGAGCCCAUACUCCUCCGCACCUCCAUCGGCUGCCUCGAGUCCCUCCUCCUCGCCCAGGAUGCGCCCUCGUGGGAGCUCGGCGUCACGCAGAUCGGCCCCCGCCGCGCCGUCGCAGGCCUCCUCAACCUCUCGCUCGACCCCCGCCCCAAGGUGCGCAAGCGCGCCCAGGACGCCCUCAAGAGGGUCCUCAAGAACCCGCCGCCGAGCCCCUCGCUCGAUCACCCCGCCGCGGACAUGUGCGCCGGCACGGCGCUCAAGAACCUCGAGGACCUGGCUGGCAAGGCGGCGCAGGCCCGCAAGGGCAAGAAGCUGGCUGCCACGACACACGACCCGGCAUUGAUCCACGCCCUGCAGCUGGUAAAGACCGUCGCUGCGGCGAGCGGUGGCUGGCCGAGCACCAAGAUCGAAUCGCUGUGCGAGCUGCUGUUGAGCAUCGCCAAGACGGGCAACGAGUACAUGACCAUGGCUGGCUUCGAGAUUUUCGAGAUGAUCUUCGAGGGCAUGUCCUACGAGGUCUCAUCCGCGAAGCUGCCGCGACUAAUGGAGAUCAUCUCUGAGCUGCGACCGGCCGCCAACGACACACAGCUUGUGCCUCCUUGGCUUGCCAUUCUUUCUCGCGGAUUCGACGUCUCUGCGCAGGUUGAGCCUGACGAGACUUUCCAGAAGCUCCCCGAGCUGUUCGCAAUGGUUGCGCAAUUCCUCGAGUCGCACUCCGAAAACAUUCGCAUUUCCGCCUCCGAGUGCCUCGUCUCGUUCAUGGCCAACUGCGUCCCGCAGCAAGUCAUUGUCGAGCCGUCAAUAUACGACGAAAAGAUUCUGGACAAGGUCGUCAAGACGGCCGAGUCCCUGCUUACCGUCCAGUUCCAGGCCGCCUGGCUGCAGACGUUCAAUGUCAUGGGUGCCAUGUUCACCUCUCUGAGAUGGCAGUCCUAUCCGAGAAUGCUCAACAUUACACGCACCAUCGGCGAGAUCCGCGAGAACCCUUCGUUUCACAAGAAGAAGGAGGCGGACGAGGUCAUUGGCCAGGCGGUCCAGGCAAUGGGACCUGAGGCUGUCCUGUCUGUCCUGCCCCUCAACAUCGUCAAGCCGGUCAAGGGACAAAAUGGGCGCGCCUGGAUGUUCCCUAUUCUGCGAGACUACACCAGCAACACCAACCUCGCCCAUUUCAAGAAGGAGAUGGUCCCUCUCAGCGAGUUGAUGUUCCAGAAGGUCCUGGACCACGGAGAAGCCGAGAAGACGAUGGAAAUCAAGAUUUACGAGACGCUGGUGCAACAGACAUGGUCUAUCCUGCCUGGAUACUGCGACCUGCCUCUCGACCUACCCGAGGCUUUCGACCAGUCCUUUGCUGAGAUGCUCGCGAAUCUCCUGUACAAGCAGGUCAACCUGCGAUUGGACGUUUGCCGGGCUCUCAAGGUCCUGAUUGAGUCGAACCAGGCGAUUGCCAGCAUCGGCGAGGACGAGGAUGACUUUCUGCUGCAGAGCAGGGUAUCCAGGGAUGCUGCCAAGAGCAACCUGGCAUAUCUGGGCCAGUUCGCCGGGAACAUGCUGGCAGUCAUGUUCAACGUCUACACGCAAACUCUCCCGCAGAGCCGUGGCCCCAUUCUCCAGACCAUCAAUGCCUUCCUGAGCAUCACGCCCCAUCAGGAAGUCAUUGACACCUUCGACCGUGUCAGCAAAAUGCUCGCCUCGGAACUGCAAAACAGCGCCCCCGUCGAGAAGAAGGGUAAGCAACAGAAAUCGGAGGAUCAUAUGCCGUCAACGUCGCAGACGCUCAUGGAUCUCGUCAUUACCAUGUCCGCCUAUCUUCCGCGCGAAAGCUUUGCCUCCUUGUUCGAGAUUGCGAAUGUCAUCAUCUUCAAGGACGACGAGCCUCAGCUGCAAAAGAAGGCCUACAAGCUGAUUCCCCGGCUGGCCGACUCUGAACUUGGCAAGGUCGCCAUGCAGGAGAGGACCGCUGAGUUACAGCAGCUCAUUCUCUCCUCCUCCGAGAAGGUGUCUGCUCCCGCUCGACGUGAGCGAUUGGCUGCCAUUCUCGCUCUCCUCCCUUUUAUCCCCGACAGCUCUCUCCACUUCAUCCCCUCGGUCCUUAGUGAGGUCGUCAUUUGCUGCAAGGAGAACAACGAGCGCGCGCGCGAGACUGCCUAUGAGUUGCUGGUCCAGAUGGGUCAUCGCAUGAUCGCCGCCAACGGCGCCACAAUUGACAACAGCAAGGUGCCUCACAUGCCCGCCGACGCUCCCGCGGGCAAGGCCAACAUCGAGGAGUUCUUCACCAUGGUCAGCGCAGGUCUGGCUGGAAGCACUCCCCACAUGAUCUCCGCCUCCAUCACUGCCAUCAGCCGCCUUCUCUACGAGUUCCGCUCCAGCCUCAGCGAGCAGACUCUCGCCGACCUGGUCCAGACCAUGGACCUCUUCUUGACGUCGAACAACAGGGAAAUCGUCAAGAGCUGCUUGGGCUUCGUCAAGGUGUGCGUCAUCAGCUUGCCCGUCGAGCUCAUGAUCCCUCGCCUGUCUACCCUGGUGCCCAACUUGAUAGUAUGGAGCAACGAGCACAAGGGCCACUUCAAGGCCAAGGUCAAGCAUAUCCUGGAGAGAAUGGUCCGUCGCUUUGGCUUCGAACUUAUCCACCAGAACUGCCCCGAGUCGGACAAGAAGCUGGUGGUCAACAUUCGCAAGACCAAGGAGCGAGCAAAGAAGAAGAAGGACGCCUCCCGGGCCGGUCAGGAUGACGACGCUAGUGGCGACGAGGACGACGACCAGCCCAAGAGGCAGUAUGAGAACGAGUACGACCAGGCACUCUAUAGCAGUGAUUCGGACGACGACGCCGCCUCGGACGAUGAGGCCGACACCAAGCCCCGCAAGAAGGCCCAAAAGGGCGGCAGGACGUACAUUGUCGAAGACGACGAUGAGCCGCUCGACCUGCUCGACAAGAAGGCCCUCGCCAACAUCUCCUCCACCAAGCCCGUCAAGCUCCGCAAGCCCACCAAGACCAAGGCCAAGACGGACCUCGACGGCAAGCUCAUCCUCGGCAAGGACAGCGACGACGAGGCCGACGAAGACGCCGCCAUGGACGUCGACAAGCCCGAGGGCGCCUCGGGCGUGGGAGCCUACGUCGCCGCCCUCAAGGGCAAGGACGCCGCCAAGCGCGGCCGCGGCGGCAAGCUCAAGUUCUCGAACCGCCGGUCCAAGGACGACGACGACAUGGAGGACCUCGACGACAGCGCCGCCGCCACCAUCAAGAGCAAGAUCAGCCCCGGGCGCGGCGACCGCGGGGGCAAGUUCCGCGGCAGGGGCGGCCCCAUGCGCGGCGGCCUGGGCGGUGGCCGUGGUGGCGCUGGCGGCCGCGGUGGUGCCCGGAGCGGCAAGGGAGGCAUCGCCGCUGGCAGGAGAGGUCUUGGCAUGGAGAAGCAGCAUGGCCCGUCUGUGGGAGGCGGCGUGCACAAGGGCAGGAAGGGGCGCAACUAG